AGCGGCCACACUACCACGAGACCAAACAAAAACAAACGCAAAUUAGUUAAUUAAUUUUAGCAGUUCUAAAUAUGGCUGUGCUACCACCAGAUCCUGUAUUCAGCCUGCGCUCCCCCGACAUGGGAGCCGUCAACUCUCUGUGUUUCCAGGAGAGCGACCGAUUGCUGGCGGGAACCAUCAAAGGCAGCGUUUUCCUCUGGGAUUUGCAAACCAACCGCUCCGCUCUGCACUUUGAGGUGGGAUCCGACCCCAUAACCAGUCUGCACCACACCCCUGAUCGCCUGGUGACCCAGGAGAAGGGCGGCACUAUCACCAUGUUCUCCAUCGGCGGCAGUAGCUACGUUAAAGAGCGCAGUAUUCCAGGCAAUCACCUGGGCUUUUGCCGAUCUGCCUUGCACACGAACACCAGCAAGACCAACGAGCAGCUGCUCUUCUAUCCCUGCGAGGAAUCGUCCAUCGGAGUGCUUCACGUUACGGAUGCAGCGGCCCCCACGCAAAUACUGGUCCCAGAUGAUCCCCAACUGCCCAAACUGGGUAGCGUCACCUGCUUCAAGCCCUUCGAGUGCGCCUCGCAACUGUUCCUGCUCGCUGGCUACGAAUCGGGACACUUCCUCACCUGGGACAUCAGCUCGAGCGUUAUUUUGGAUGUGAUGGAAUUGGCCCAAGAUGCUACGUCUGUGGACUACGAUCCAGUUACGAAUCGUGGCAUUGUGGGUGGUCCAACCGACAAGUUGAUUAGUUUCAGUUAUCAGCGCUCAUCGAUGCAAAUGCAGCUCGGCUCGGAGCUGUGCAUCAAGAAUCCUGGAGUGAAUGGCGUUCGCAUUCGGCCCGAUCAGAAGGUGUUCGCCAGUGCCGGCUGGGAUGGUCGUAUUCGGAUCUUCUCGUGGAAAAGCCUGCGACCGCUGGCCGUGCUUACGCAGCACAAGAAUGGCGGCGUAAUGGACUUGGCCUUCUCCAGCCAACAGGUGGCCAUGUGGCAUGCUCCCAUCAUGGCAGCAGCGGGCAUGGAUGGCCAGAUAUCAUUGUGGGACCUCUACAACUGAACUAUGACUUAGUCUUAAGUGUUACAAUGAGGAACAGACACUGAUUACCCUGACUGCAACGGCUUAGCGAUCCUCUUGAAAUAGCUUUACUUUAUAUGUAUUUUGUAAUAACCUUUUGAUAAUUGCUUCGGUUCAGUUAUUUUUUGUGAAUUUGUUUAGAAUAUUUUUGAAGCCAAUUAAAGGGCUUGGCAAUGCAGCUAUUUGUUACUUAGAUGAACUUUGACCACCCUUGAAAAAGAAUAUUUUUUGAAGUGUAUCUUAUUAAAGUAUAUAAAAAAAUAUAUAUAAAGAAUAUUUAGC